AUGUUUGGAGAUGGAUUUCCGUGGCGCACCGACAAUUUCACUGUCCGGGAUGCGGCUUGGGUUGAUCUCUCAAUGCACCAACCUAAUAUCCCUUAUUUUUUCACGCAGUGUUUAGUCCCCUCUCGAUGUGGGCAAAAGGCGCCUACAUUUAAAUCUAAGCAAUUUGCAUUAUUGGUCAUUGUACCAGCAGCACAGUGGGACAAGUAUGAGGAGUGGCUAGAGAAACUUGAAGAGUCCAAGGUUCAAGAAUUGCCUACUGCUACUGCUCCAGAUUCACCUCCUGCUACCUCGACAACUCAUGGCUUUUGGGGCACCAAUGACUCUGAUGGUAUCGAAGACUUUGAACCAGAAGGUGCGAAGUCGAAUUAUUUGGAAGGUACCGGUGAUGCAGAGUCAGACUCAGCACAUGAUCAUCUGGUGCCUUCUCUAUCAGCAAAGCGGACGCAUGUCCGAGCGGAUAGCUCAGACUUACUUUGCCUCCCUGGUCGUGACUACCUGAGAGUGGCGUUGAAGUAUGGAGGCAGUACUAAUCCAGACAUAUCUAAUAAAGUCUUCAACAGGCGUCACGAAGAUAUCCAAUAUCAUCCCAUUCCUACUUGCCCACUCACUGAGGUCCUGAAGACACCGCAAUACCAUACUUUCGAGCUCAACAUUUCAGACUCAUAUACCAGCCAACUGACGAUCGAUAUACCCCUCCCCAGUAUGAUAGGGAUUGGGGCUUUCAAAACAGCCCAUCCUGGGACUCCAUCAACUCAGGCUGCCACUACCACAUCACUCAAGAUUGUGUGUUAUUCAUCGGCGGACGAGCUCAAACAUGUCUUAAAAGAAAGUAAAGUCAUGUACUGGGCAAAGUCACUCCUUGACUACAUGUUUUUGGGAUAUGGCCAACACAACGCAGGCCCAAAACCAGGAGGAAAGUUAGAUACAAAGGCUGGAUCUGUUUCCGCUGUUUAUCUUCUCGAAGAACACAUCUUGUUUGAUGAUGGCAAGGUGUUCACCAAGUUCAUCCACAACAUGGACUGUGUUCCAUCUCUCGAUCAAGAUGAAUAUGGCUAUGAUCUAGCUGUUUUCCUUGCAUUCAUGCAGCAUCUUCAAUAUGUGCAGACCGAAGGUUUCGCAUUUAUUUCCGAUUAUCAAGGGAGUUUAACACUUCUCACAGACCCUCAAAUAUUGACUCAUCCGUCCGUGAGUGAAGGAGGUGACAUCUUUGGAGACGGAAACAUCAAGGGCAUGGUAGAUGAGUUCGAGCGCAAGCAUUCUUGCAAUCAGUACUGCAAAUGGCCGGGGUUUGGUUUGCAGCCAUUUAUUAGCUCAGAGGAGGACAAUUAG